ACCGGGACCAGCACCGGCACCGGCACCAGCACCGGCACCGGGGCCUCCCCGGCCGCGCUGCAGCGCCGGGAGGGCGCGGAGCCGCCGAGGAGGGAGCGGCGCUGCCCAGCCCCGAACCCAGCGGAGGAGGCGAAAAUGGGCCGCAAGAAGAUCCAGAUCAGCCGCAUUUUGGACCAGCGGAACCGGCAGGUGACCUUCACCAAGCGGAAAUUCGGGCUGAUGAAGAAGGCGUACGAGCUGAGCGUGCUGUGCGACUGCGAGAUCGCCCUGAUCAUCUUCAACAGCACCAACCGCCUGUUCCAGUACGCCAGCACCGACAUGGACAAGGUGCUGCUCAAGUACACCGAGUACAGCGAGCCCCACGAGAGCCGCACCAACUCCGACAUCCUCGAGACGCUGAAGCGCAAAGGGCUGGGGCUGGAGAGCCACGAGCUGGAGCUGGAGGAGGGCCCGGAGCCGCCCGGGGACAGGGGCAGGAGGCUCGGGGAGGGCGUGGAUCUGUCCCUGGCGCGGCCCAGGUUCUAUAGCCCGGUGCCGCUGCCCGAGGCCGCCUAUGGCAGCUCCCCCCCGGCCCCCGAGGGCUCCCUGGGCUCCCCGCAGGGCCAGGGCCGCUCCCCCGCCCUCAGAGCCGCGGCUCCCAAGGCACCCGGACGGUCCCCGGGGCCGCUGCCCCCAGGGCUCGGCUACCCCCUGUUCCCCGCCGCCAGCCUGAGCCGCGCCCUGGCCACCAAAACGCCACCGCCGCUGUUCCUGGGGGCCGAGGGCCGGCGCGGGGAGAGCCAGGGCGGCCUGGCCAGCGGCCGGAGCGGCGGCACCGCGGCGCGGCCGCUGUUCCCUGCCCUGCAGACGCUGAGCCCCGUGCUCAGCCCGGGCAGCUCCGGCCUCCCGAGCCACGGCCUCGCCGGCUUCCCCUUCCUCAGCCCGGCCCAGGCGGAUUUUGGGGCUGGAGAGGCCCCAACGCCCCCCGGAUUCCUGCAGCCCCCCCCGGCCUGGCAGCACCCCCGGGACGUGGCAGUGCUGGGGGCCAGCAGCCGCAUCGUCCCCGCGGAGGAGCCGCCAGCCGCUGUCCCCGGCGCGUCCCCGCAGCCGCAGCCCAUCAGCAUCAAAUCGGAGCGGGCGUCGCCGGGGCUGGGCUGUGCCCCGGGCACCCCCCAGCCCCCCCUGCCCACCCUGGCGCCCCUCAGCGAGGCCCCCCGAGCCCCCGGCGAGCUCCAGCCCCGCGAUGGCUUCGCCAAGAGCUUCCCCCCGUACGCGCCGGGGCCGCCGCGGCCGCUGCCGGACGAGCCGAGGGUCGCGGUCCCCGCCGUCCCCGCCGUCCCCGCCGUCCCCGCCGUCCCCGCUGUCCCCGCUGUCCCCGCGGUCCCCGCGCGGAGGGCACAGCCCCUGGACGUUUGGCAGAGAUAG